UGGUCUUUUGUAGCGGUUUUUCAUGGUCACCGAUUACAGCUGAUUGGUGUUUGGUAUUCCGGUAUACCUAUUGUCUUCACGUAAUACGUUUCAUUGACGUUCCCGAAUUCAGAUUUGUUUUUGAUAUGUCCACCGUUGCUCGACACAAAUCGUCCUGGCUAUAUCCUAGUGGUUCCUUUUAGCUGUUAAAAUAAAAUGUCGAAAAUGAGCUCGAAAGACAAGGACAACAAAACCUUACAUGACAAAUUGAAACAGUUUUUCCGUUUUAACAAAGGAAACUAUAGAAGUCGUGAAGAUUUCACAUUAACUACUGAUCUUGAAAAAGAAAUUAGUCAUGAAAGUCCUGUACAUCAUCGUACAAGAGCAAUUAAAGAUCUUUGCGAUGCAGUUCUUAAUCAACAAUGGGAAGAUACAGCAGCUGAAAGAUUAUGGUAUCUAGUACAAGACCUUUUAGGAAAAGAUGUACCUCGAGAACACAGACACGUGACAUUGAACUUCUUGAGAUGUCUUGUCCAAGGCCAAUACUCUAAACUGUCUUCUCUCAUGAGAGUAAAAUUCUUUAUGGUUGUUAAAGAACAUAAUAUUCCAGAGGAUAUUGGACCUAGAUUGGAACUCUUACAAAGUUUAACAGAAAAUGGAAAAGAUAUAUUACAUUUGGAAGAGAGAAUGGGACCAUUCUUAUUGGAAUGGAUGCCUAUUGUAACAGCAGGGGAUGGGAAAAGGGGUUCUGAAUUCUUGUCUCUUCUUGUCAAUGUCAUAAAAUUCAACUCAGCGUACAUAGAUGAUGAUAUAAUAUCAGGACUUGUGCAGUACAUUUGUCAUCUGUGUUAUUAUAGCAAUAGCACUGAAGUUGUUUCUGGGUGUUUAGAAGCUCUAGAUGCAAUUGUUUGCUAUAAUAAUUUACACUCUGACUCAUUACAAACGUUUAUCAUAGCUUUAUGUGGGAGUGUAAAUGUUGAAACAUAUUGUCAAAUAAGUUGGAAGAUUAUGCGUAACUUAUUAGGAACACACAUGGGCCAUUCUGCAUUAUAUACAAUGUGUCGUUUAUUGCAAGAUGUCAAUUUUCAGCGAGAUGUACGUUUGUUAAGAGGUGCAGUGUUUUAUGUAAAUAUGGGCCUUUGGGGUACGCAUAAAAUUCCAAAAUUAGAAUGUACUCCAACAUCUGUUUUACCUUCAUUUUAUCAAGCUUUAAAAUGUAAUCACCCAAUUGUUAUGUAUGAAGUAACACUAUCAAUUCAGAGAUUAGUGACCAAAUAUGGUGCUGAGUUAUGGGAUCCUACAUGGAGUAUUAUUCUUGAUAUUAUUGAAGAAGUUAUUUCUCACACAGAAACUAGCAAUCAGCCUGCAACUAGACAAGUUUCAACGAGUUUACAUGAAACAAUAAAUAGUAUUGAAAAUUUGUUGGAUAAUAACCGUUAUAAUGGUUGUGUUCAACGAUUUUACGAGCUUGUUGAUCGGUGCAGUAAUACACGACCUGAAGCAUCUGUGUUAAAAUUGAUUGAAUAUAGAGCACAUACUAUAGGGCCUACUCAUCAUCACUGGCAAACAAGAUUAGCCAAUUUAAUGGAUCGUUAUUAUAAAAUGGAAACACGUACGAAUGUUAGAGUAAAAGUCCUUGAAGUCUUAACAAAUGUCAUUCAAGUUAAUAGUAGGUCUAGAUACGAGGAUGAAUUGAUUGAAAGAAUUGUUGUGCCAUAUUUUCAACAUAUAGAUGCGGAUUCAGAUAUUACAAUUCGAAAUAGUGUUGCAUAUUUGCUUGUUGACCUUUGUCUUGAGUGUGAUACAAAACGAUGUCUGGAACUUUUGGAUAUUAUAGAGAAGUUAAUCAACAAACCCUUCUGUUCUGACAUUCCAGUCACAAAGGACACUGAUAUCAAGGAUGUGAAAACUGCAGUUGUUGGUGUAAUAAAAAUAUUAACAUUAAAAAUUUACAACUUGCCAUCAAGUCAUGCAAUACGUGCUUAUAAGGUUUUAGUGAAUCAUCUUGAUCAGCAUUAUAAGGAUCCAAGUGUCUUCCACGAUGUUUCUACAAUUCGAUAUCUGAUCUUUGAGUGUUUCUUGAAAAUUAGAGCGAAUACGCUGUAUCAUCUUGGAUUUCCGGAUGCACAAAAUGCAUCUGUAACAAGAUUUAGUCCAUAUUUAGUCUUAGAACAUGCCGCGACUGAACGAAUGAAUAGUGGAGGUGGUGGAAACAGUCCUCCACCAGCAAGUCCAGCUCCAUCACAUUUAUCUUGUCAGAUUACACACAUGUCAUUGGCACAUGCAUGUAAAGCUGUUAUUUCCUGUAUUAAGUCGGAGAAAGAUUGGAAGGUUUUACAACUUGUGUUGAAGGAGUUACCUCAAGUAAUGCAGAACAGAGCCUUGGUACUAUCACGACAUACUAAUGAUAUUGAUUGUUUUGCUACAGCUCUUUGUUCUAUGGUCAGUGAUAAGAACUUACGACUUCCAGAAUCUUUGUACAAUGUUCCUCCAAAAUUUACUCUAUCUGAAUUUCGCGUUCACGUUUUUCCAGUAUUAGCAUCGUUAGCAUCAUAUCAUGCGCAUCUGGAUCCUAAUUUACAGCAACGUUUAAUAAAAUGUUUAGAGGUCGGUUUAACUGCAAAAUGCGCGAGCCAGUGUGUUACUAGUCUUACAACUUGUAUUUUGGAAAUGCGUGACACUAUGAACAAACUUUUGUCAGAAGUUCUCUUAAAUUUGUCUAAAAUUUCAGCAACAGUACAUAUUGCUAUACCAAUUUUGGAAUUUUUAUCUACUCUCACGAGACUGCCAAAAGUUUUUGCAAGCUUUAUUGGAGACCAAUACAUGUCGGUUUUUGCUAUUUUGUUACCAUAUACAAAUCCAUUUAAAUAUGACCACUACACGGUAUCUUUGGCACAUCACGUAAUUGCUGUAUGGUUUCUAAAGUGUCGAUUACCAUUUCGAAGAGAUUUUGUUAGAUUUAUUACUACGGGCUUAAAAGCAAAUGUAAUAAUACCGUUCGAGGAAGGACAUUUGAUGAAAUCAGAUUUUAAUUUCAUGAAUGAAGACUCGUCAAAUAGGAAACGUAGUUCGAGUUUAACAGAACAGGGUAGUAGAGGUCGAAGAGAAAGACCAAUAAUGUCUAAUCGUAUGAUAGGUGAUAGUAAAGUUUCGGAUUUGAAGCCACCCAUCGACGAAGCUUUAAUGACUUUUCACGUCGAACUUACUGAAACCUGUAUCGACUUGAUGGCUCGGUAUACAUUUUCAACAUAUUCAGCAAGGCCUAAAAGACUUUCUAGUGCUGAUUUUCUUCUAAAAGAAGGCCAAUCAAUGACAUGGUUGCUUGGAAAUAAACUGAUCACUGUAACGACAAGCGGUUGUAGCAAUAAAGCAAUGCGUGGAGGACUCUGUGAUAAUUGUUGGGUCGCUUGUAAACCCGGUCCUCAAUCACCUGAACAUACAAGAACGUCUCAAUUGAAUUUAAGGAGAGCAUCUAGUACAGAGACAGCAAAGGAAGACAAAUUGUCUAGGCAAUCUUCGGGAGGCCAUGGGAGCUCUACUGGAAAUACAGCUGCAAAUUCUCCAAUAGAGGAAUCGAAGAAAACGCUAGAUGAUUUAGAAGCAACGAAAAGGGAAUACCCUGUGGAGAAGGUAGAUAAAGAACAAGUUGAAUCAUCAAAACUGGAACAAAUACUCAACAGUCAGAAGCCAGAAGAACAUGUGCUUUGUGCAUGUUGGUGUCAAGGUUGGGCUGAAAUAUAUGUACGCAGACCUACGGGUGAUAUGUCUUGGAUAAUGAGAAUUCAGAAUUCUAUGCAAUUCGAGAUGCACAUAGACUUUCCUGUACAUGAUAUAAUGGCACUGUACAGACCAACCCAGGAUUUAUUGCAGAAACAGCAAGAAUCAACGUCAGAAUAUUCUGGAGAUGAAGGAGAGGAUACUGCGGAUAAAAAUCUAGAUCAAGUACAAACUGAUCAUAGUGGUGUGAUGAAAUCUGUAACAUCAUCUUCCAUAUCAUCCGGUCCAAUUGCCAUUCCGGGUUCACCAGCUCGACCGAAUCCGUCUAGACAAAGUUCCCGUGAUAGCUUGGAAAGCUUAGAGGACGGUGACGAUGAUUUACGUCGUUCCCGGAAUCCCGUGCGCAGAUCGAAUUCUAGUCCCGAAAUGAGCGCUAAUUGGAAAAAUCCAUUCUUAAAUAAAGAUAAAUUAAACUUACAACAAGUAGACCGUGAGCUACCAUCUGCAGAUUUAGAAGUUAAACUUGACGCAGAGUCAAAGAAUCGUGCAAAAAAUACUUAUACAAAGGACAUGAGGGUCAGUUGUGAAGCUAUACCAGAAGAAAUAUUUGGUAUGGGCACGACACCACCAUCUUCAGAAAAUGCAUCAGAUCAUCCAUCUGCAUUGAGAUCUCAACGUUCCUAUCCAGGAGCAUCGCAAGUAACUCAAGUCAUUACAACUACUAGCAAUACUGUCCCGCCAUCACCAACUACCCUACAGGUACAAGGAAACUUCCUAGGAGUACAAGCGCGCACAGCACAAAUACAAUCAUCGACAGCAAAGCCUCCACAAUCACCCACUCAAAUUUACCCUCGAUUAUCUAGUCUUGAGUCUGGUCAAAAGCAGGCAUCAGUAGGAUCAGAAAAUAAACCGCCUAUUGGACGAAAUCAUCUUGGGGAUAAACAAAAGGAUGAAAGACCUGAUCCGUCCACGUUACCACCUUUACCACUACCGUUCCGUGAUAGAGGUCAUACAAUUUCCGUGAUGAGUCCUGUAAAGAAAUCUCGCGCAGAAUGGGACACCAUACGGAGAGGGAAUUCUCCACGAGUAAAAGAUCCUCCGAAAGCUGGUAUCAAUCCUAGUUUUGUCUUUUUACAAUUAUAUCAUACGGCACAUUUCGGAUCACCCUCGGAGAAACCUUUGUUAGUUCCGCAAACAACAGCUGUGCAGAGGGCAGUAACGAAUUUGGACAGGAUACAACCAUAUGAAACCCAUAAAAUUGGAGUUCUUUAUGUUGGCCCAGGACAAGCCUCUAACGAGGCAGAAAUUCUAGCUAAUCAGCAUGGGUCACUUCGAUAUACAGAGUUUUUACAACGAUUGGGAACAUUGGUCCGGUUAAAAGACGUUGAUGAAAGUGUGUUUCUAGGUGGUUUGGACCGCAACGGUGAAAAUGGGAACUUUGCAUAUAUUUGGCAGGAUGAUGUUACACAGGUAGCGUUUCAUGUGGCCACUUUGAUGCCAACUAAAUCCAGUGAUCCAAAAUGUACUUCUAAAAAGCAACAUAUUGGAAACAAUUAUGUUACUGUAGUGUACAAUGAAUCUGGGGAGCCAUAUAAUAUACAAACUGUAAAGGGGCAAUUCAAUUAUGCGGGCGUUGUGAUUCAGCCCUUGGAUCACGGUACUAAUCAAGUUACAGUUCAAGUGAAAGAAGAACUAGCAAAACAUAUUCGACAUAGUGAACCUAAAAUAAUAUCAGAUCAAAAUUUAGCAAUUUUAUCUCGACAAUUGGCUCUUCAUGCUAAUCUUGCUUCAAUGGUUUCAUCAUCUCUAGAACAAAACAGUCACAAUCCGUAUGCCUCGAACUGGUUAGAACGAUUGCGACAUAUAAAAAGGCUUCGAAAUCGUGUUUUGCAAGAAACAAUAAAUAAUAAUCCAGACGGAACGACCGACGAUUUAUCGCCAAGAUCGAAUAAACGUGUUUAUAUGGAUGAUUUUACUGAAUAUACUACAUGAAUUGAUUCCAAUAAAAGCAUUACAUAAACGUUGUUAUUAAUGUAAUUCAUAUUCGCGUAAAAAUAUGUAAGUUUUUGAUGCAAUAAUUAAGAACUCUUUAUGUGAACUCUGGCUAAUACAAUUAUUUUAUAAGGA